CUCCAGGAGAGAGAGAGAGAGAUCAGAUCCACACACAGCCCAAGGAUCGGCAGGGAGAAGGAGGCUGCUAAGACCAGGGAUUGGGAGUAGCAUCGCUUCCAUUUGAGAAGCUAAAACGUUUAUUUUUUUUGUGUAUGUGAAGAAAAGGUCAAAUAACCAACAACAGCUUCCAGAGGAACAAUAAUUAUAUAUAAAGCUGCAAGAUUGCGCACUAGUCCGAACCAGAAAAUCCGCACUUGGGUAUACUGGUGAUAAAGUUGUGUAUUUGAAUUCUGCUGUGUAUUAAGGGCUGUACGUGAGCAAGGUGAAAGCAAUGAGGAUGUGAGGUUUGUUUUAAAAGAGCCUGUGCUCUUGACUGUGUUCCUGUGACCCAGCGCCAUGUAUCAGCAGCAGGUACUGUACAAUCCGACCUACUGCCAAGAAUCAUGAAGGACGGAGGAGAAUCUAAAGACCAACAAUUGACUGUGGCCCUACGGAUUCGGCCCAUCAAUGAGACGGAAGUAGAGGAAGGAGCCACAAUCAUCGCUCACAAAGUUGAUGAGCAGAUGGUGGUGCUAAUGGAUCCAAUGGAGGACCCUGACGACAUUCUGCGAGCCAACCGGUCUCGAGAGAAAUCGUACAUGUUUGAUGUGACCUUCAAUUACACAGCAUCACAGGAUGAUGUAUACCGUGCUACUACCAAGGGUCUGAUUGAGGGCAUUAUUUCAGGGUACAAUGCCACUGUUUUUGCCUAUGGACCAACAGGUGCUGGGAAAACAUACACAAUGUUGGGAACAGAUUACGAACCUGGCAUUUACUUACGAACACUCAAUGAUUUGUUCAAGUGUAUUGAAGAAACUAGCGAUGAUAUGGAGUACACUGUUUCCAUGUCAUACUUAGAGAUUUAUAAUGAGAUGAUACGGGACCUACUCAAUCCAUCAUCUGGCUUCCUAGAUCUCCGAGAAGACUCCAAAGGUGGGAUCCAAAUUGCAGGAAUUACUGAAGUGUCAACUAUUAAUGCCAAAGAGAUAAUGCAGCUGUUGGUGAAAGGCAACAAACAGAGAACACAGGAACCCACAGCAGCCAACAAAACCUCCUCUCGGUCUCACGCUGUCCUGCAAGUCACCGUUAGGCAGAAGAGUCGCAUCAAAAACAUUUUGCAGGAAGUACGAAUCGGGCGUUUAUUCAUGAUUGACCUUGCAGGAUCUGAGAGAGCUUCACAGACGCAGAACCGUGGAAAACGAAUGAAGGAAGGAGCACACAUCAACCGGUCACUGUUGGCACUUGGAAACUGUAUUAAUGCUCUGAGUGAGAGGGGAGGAAAUAAAUACGUCAAUUACCGGGACAGCAAGCUGACACGAUUGCUGAAGGAUUCUUUGGGUGGAAACAGCCGGACUGUGAUGAUCGCUCACAUCAGUCCAGCCAGCCUUUCCUUUGAGGAAUCACGCAAUACCCUCACUUACGCAGACCGUGCCAAAAACAUUAAAACCAGGGUAAAACGCAAUUUGAUGAAUGUGUCCUAUCAUAUUGCACAGUACACCAAUAUUAUCUCCGACUUACGCAGUGAAAUUCAUCGUCUGAAGAAAAAGAUAGACACGCAACGGAUACAGCAAACAAAAAAUGAUAAAGCUGACAUACGCAAUGUGCAAGCUGAAGUACAACUACAUUCCUCUCGAUAUGACAGACGGGAGAUGGAAAGGCUUCGUGAACAUCUAAUUACUGCCUUUCGAGAACAGAUGGACAUCCGGCGUAAUCUGCUGGAGCUGGACAGCAACAACAUGCAAAUUCAAGUUGACACAUCCAGGCACUUACUAACUAUCGCAGACUGGGUACAGGAAAAGGCUCGACGAGCCAAAAAAUGGAGGGAAGAAUACCAAAAGGAGAUCUACAGCAGGGAGGAUAGUGAGAAAGAUUCAGACACUGGAGAUGAUCAGUCUGAUGUUAUGGAACCAGCUGAGGUCGCUGUGGCUCGGGAAAAUAUUGCUGCACUCGUGGCUGAGCAGAAGAAAUUAAAAUGGCAGAAGGUUGAGUUGGAGAAACAAUUCACUGACAUUCGAUCACGUGCUCAUAGAUUGGAAGAGCUCCUUCCCAAGAGGAUCAGCAGUGAGCAACAACGAGAGGUUUUGAGCCUGCUCUGUAAGGUGCAUGAACUGGAAAUUGAGAACACAGAAAUGCAGUCCAAUGCUUUACUCAAGGACAAUGUCAUACGGCAAACAGAUUAUGUCAUUCAACGUUUUGAGCAGCAUCGGCAGCUGUGUGCUGAAAUUAUUCAACAGCAACGGCACAUCAUAGAUGAUCACAACCUACUGGUUCCUCCACAGUUGGAUGAGUUGUAUGAAAUUUACUUGAGAGAGCUGGAUGAAGGCAGCCUGGACCGGAUUGUUGCCAUCCACACUGUCACAACAAGAACCCUGAAGGAUGGUUCGGUCACAAAUAUGGCCCAGAGGCUGAAGGUGGGAGAGCUGGUGCAGGAUGUGGACUCUGAUCAGGAAAGUGUGAGAACAAUUGGAUCUGAAAAGCCUUAUCCUUGGCGAAGGAGUUACAAAGAUGUGUUACCACCACUGGUACCAGAGCCGGAAAGUGACAAUAACAGAGUGUUUAAAAGCAGCCCACACGGUCAACAGAGAAAGAGUUCAAUGGUGAUGACACCUCCUCCAAUCCAAGUGAAUGGAAUGCUAAACCAAGAGACAAAUCAACAGGAGAGUCUGGUGAGCUUUAGUGAGAUGAGCAGUGCCAGCAGCCAUUUAAACUCAUCACCUGAUAGCACGGAGAAUUUUGCAGAUAACCGACACAGCCGGACAGAGUUCCUCAAAGAACGCAAGCAGAUGUUGACGGGCACCAAGAACAUCGCAGUCAAAGCUGCAAGACGACGUUCAAAAGCUCUGGAAAAUGACAACAGGCUACACAUUCUGGAACCCAUGAAGGAGAAAACAAGCAUUUCCCUGCAUUCGAUGAAGGAAAAUGAAGAAUCAUUUUAUAGAGGCAUUCCUGAACUAUCACUGACACUGUAUAGAAACCAACAGGGUCAACUUAUAAAACAUGCUGCUAGUGAGGACAAUCUGUCCACCAGUACUGGUGAGGUGAUCAACCAUGUGCAGGCUAACAAGGAAGAAAGCCACCAUGACUGGUCUCAAUCCUAUAAAAAGGAAAACAAAAAGGCAAGUAGAAGGCAGGACACAUUAGAAGCCAAGCGGAAGAAAAGAAGAUCAAGGUCUUUUGAGGUUAACGGUCAAGGGUUACCCCAUCCUAAGAACAUUUCAUCCCGCUUCCAACCAUUGGAGAGUAUUUCAGAUAAUAGAUUUAACGUCAAUGGCCAAUGUCAGUUACGGAUACAUAGAAAUCCAACACACAGGCCUGGGAAAGUGAAAUUUCCUAUCAAUCAUUAUGCAGGUGAAAGUGACCUUCAAGUGCUGGAGGUUGUCAGUACCCCACCCAGCAUCAUCUAUCAGAGAAAUGCCAAUGGGAGAGGGCUGGCUGUACAGAAGAAGGUCAGAGGUCCGACAAUUGCAGCAUCAGAUGUGGCUAGCUCAACAUCUAUGCUAAAUCAACCUGGAAACUUCAAGAAGCCUCUGAACCGUAAUCCUCAGCCACACUUUAACUAUAGAGUGACAAAUGGAAAGAAUGAUAUCAGAGCUAGAAAACAUUAAUUCAGUGACAGAUAGAACUUUGUCAUGUUGCUUGUAUGAAAUAAAGAACACGGGAUAUAUUUGACUUGUCUGGAGCAAUGGGACAUACAUACAGUAAAUCCUUGGUAUCCAAGAAAUCACGAAUCGCAAAUUUGCCUAUCCGCGCCAAAAAAAUCAACAAAAUUCAGCUUCCGCAGGUAUAUCCUUGACUUUUAAUCUAUUUUAACUGACUUUUAACUGAGCUCCGCACUCACAAAUUUCAUCAUUUGUCGUGGUUCUCAGGAACAGAACCCUCGCGGAUAUGGAGGAAUGAGUAUAUAUGAGAUUGCAUAUUUUCUGUUACUGUGUCUUUUGAUUAUCUAAAUCAGUGAAUUGACUUUUGUCUUGAUAAAUGUAUAUUAGGGAAAUGAACUGUUCUGUGAUUUGUUUUCAUUCAAAAUGGGUAAAGGAAUCCCAAGCUUCACAAUGUUUAUCCUUUGCCUUCAUUUUAAUUUUCUAAUGAGAAAAAGAUCCUGCUGCCAAUUGUUAUAAUUUGUGACUCGAUGAUUUCUUCAUGAACAUUCAUGUAACAUUGUCCACAAUUUUGGAUUGCACACUUAACCUAAGGAAUCAAAACACAAAAGUAUUCUUUAUUCUUUGAAAUAAACAAUGUAGUCAAGAUAUGUAUUGAUGUUUCAAAAUUUAAUGUACAGAAGUGAACCAAAUGUUUCAAUUUUUUUACCAAACCCUGUGAAUUUAUGAUUUUUUUAAAAAAAACAACUACAAAAUUGAUGCCUCCUCCUUGUUCCAUCUAGGUAGAGAACAAGCACUCAGAUCAGAUAGCAAGUAGAAUAGUUAUUGAGUUUUCAACCAAAAUGUAAAUAAAUAAAUUUAGACAGAAUAUCCUGGGAAUACUCAGCAGAUCAGGCAGCAUUUGUGGAGGGAGAACCAGCGAUAACGUAUCAAGUUGAUGACUUUACAUGCAUUGAUGAAAGGCCAUCAACCUGAAAGGUUUUAAUUUGUUUCGUCCAAUGUUCAUGAGAUGUGAACAUUGCUGGCUAGGUCAGUGUUUAUUGCCCAUCCACAACAGCCCUGUAGAAGGUGGUGGUGAAUCA